GGAGCGCGGGGGUUUGUCCGCAGCCGCUUCCUUUCUGGCCAUUCAAGGUCCCUAAAUCCGCCUGUUUCCUCAGACCCAGAUAGCCCGCGACCCCGAGCGCGCUCGAGCCGUCGAGUUGCCGCUGGGGGACGGUACGUGGCUCGAGGGUGGCCGGGCUCCCGGGGUCCCUGUGGACCAGCUACCUCCUCCCGGCUUCGGGUCUCCUGCGGGCCCCACUCCUCCCCAGGCAGGGAUCAGGGAAGCGGGCCGACGGGAGCUGGGCUGUGAACCCCGGCGCGGGGCGCUCCGAUCGCGGUGUGCCUGGGCUCCAGCCUUGCUCAGGACCCCCCAGCACUGCCACCAUGCAUGACGCCAUGUGCCUGCUGCUCCUGGGCCUGCUGCUGCCCCUGCCCUGUGUCUCUGGACUGCCUUUCUACAAUGGCUUCUACUACGCCAACCGCCCCCACGGCCAGAACCUGGGCAACGGCCAUGGCGAAGAUCUCUUCGACGGAGUGAAGCUGGUGGUAGAGACGCCCGAGGAGACCCUGUUCUCCCACCGAGGGGCCAAUGUGACCCUGCCCUGCCGGUACCACUACGAACCGGCCCUGGUCUCCCCGAGGCCCGUGCGCAUCAAAUGGUGGAAGCUGUCAGAGAAUGGGGCCCCGGAGUGGGACGUGCUGGUGGCCAUCGGGCCGAGGCACCGCGCCUUUGGAGACUACCAAGGCCGUGUGCGCCUGCGGCAGGACGGGGCAUGCGAAGCGUCGCUGCAGAUCUGGGACCUGCGGCUGGAGGACUAUGGGCGCUACCGCUGUGAGGUCAUUGACGGGCUGGAGGAUGAGAGCGGCCUGGUGGAGCUGGAGCUGCGGGGAAAGUGGGAACUGGUCACACAGAGACAGAACCGAGAGGGNNGCUACCAGCUUAACUUCCACGAGGCCCAGCAGGCCUGCCAGGAGCAGGACGCGGUGGUGGCCUCUUUCGAGCAGCUGUUCCGGGCCUGGGAGGAGGGCCUGGACUGGUGCAAUGCAGGCUGGCUGCAGGAUGCCUCGGUGCAGUACCCCAUCACGCUGGCCCGGCGGCCCUGUGGUGGCCUGGGCCUGGCCCCCGGCGUGCGCAGCUACGGCCCACGCCACCGCCACCUGCACCGCUAUGACGUGUUCUGCUUCGCCGCUGCCCUCAAGGGGCAAGUGUACUACCUGGAGCAUCCUGAGAAGCUGACACUGGCAGAGGCAAAGGAAGCCUGCCAGGAAGAUGGCGCCCAGAUCGCCAAGGUGGGCCAGCUCUUUGCUGCCUGGAAGUUCCGUGGCCUGGAUCGCUGUGAUGCUGGCUGGCUGGCAGAUGGCAGUGCCCGAUACCCUGUCGUUCACCCACAUCCCAAUUGCGGGCCCCUGGAGCCUGGUGUCCGAAGUUUUGGCUUCCCAGAUCCUGAGAGCCGCAAGUAUGGUGUCUACUGCUACCGUCCAUGCUAGAGCCCAGUGCCAGCUCCGUCCCCACCCAGCCCCUCCCCUCACGGGCUGUAUUUAUUGAGUGGGUCAUUUUCUCUUGUAGAUUGGGGCAAUUUUCGUAUUGUUUUAUACUUCUCAAAUUCUUUUUAAUUGCUAGUUUUGUAAUUCAAACAGAUCUCAAAUCCUCCCUUUGCUCAGGUGGAUACCCCAGGCCUCCCCAAACCAGGAAUCCUCCUGUUCCUCUCCUCUGGGACAGUUUGAAGUUCAUGGGCUCAUGUGGACUUCCCCCCAUCACCGAGUCCAGCCCCACUCCCGGUCCCAGGGGAGGCUGACCCCCAGAGGGAGCAGCAACACAGGGGUUAGGGCAUGAUGGCUGCAGCUCUCCCUCUGCCUCAGCCUGCGGGGGAGAGGACAUCCAGGAGACUCCGAGCUGGGCUUUGGGCUUUGCAGCCCCUGCCCCCUCUGACCUCUCUGUGAAGCUCAUGGUCCUUAUCGACAAGGCUGAGGAGCUGAGGCUGGAGGUGCAUCCCUGGGCUUUUGCAUGAGAUCCCAGGGGAGGGAGGAAGCCCCCUCUCUUCCCUUCACUCUCAGUUCAGAGUCUGUACUUUGUCCUCAUUUUCCCCGAUUUGGGGAGUAGCCCUCAGGAAUUUGUGCUUUCUUUGGAUAAUAAAUGGUGCUACGACGCCUCCUCCAUCGCA